CAAAAAAAAAAAAAAAGUUGGGUUUUGCAUAACCCCAAAGGUCCCUCUUCUUCCAAAAUAAGCACAAAUUCCUCAAGAGGAAGGGAUUAGAGGCAGGUAUUGUCGUCGCCGAUGACGUUGCUGCCGCCGCUGUUGUCAUAGAAGUUGUGUUCUCCGCCGCGCAACACUCUCAGCUUCACCACCACCGUCCACCCGGAGCAACCCCAUUUUGUACUUUAUUCAAACAGCAGUGAAGCCCUUGGGUCGCCGAGUCGCCGCUAUUACUUUACAACAAUCACAUUCCUAGAAACAAAAUUCUUAGACAAAAUCAUAUUCAUCCUUGGUUACAAACUCAAGUAUAUGAUUGAAGAGAGGGACUUAUAGCACAGCAGGAGGAAAGGAGCUUCUGUGCAGAUAUUUGUUCCUCAUGAAGCCUGUGCAAAGCAGCAACACUGCAAAAAGCAAAUUAAAACUAUCCCAAAGGGCUAAAAGCAAACGGAAGAGAGACCUAAAAGAAAAAGAUGUUGUAUUAGUGGAGACCCCAUCUCAGUUCUCAUUUGCUAUAGCCAGAACUGCAGUUGCUCAGAUCUGUCAGUCAGUUGGAUAUAAAAAAUCUACACAGGGUACUCUUGAAAACUUCACCAAUGUUGCUAUGAAGUAUCUCGAAGCAACAGCAAGAACAGCUGCCUCUUUCGCCAACACUUCCAAUCGGACUGAAGCUAAUCUAUUUGACCUCAUCAAUGGCAUUCAUGAUCUGUACUCUGUUCAAGGGUUUCCCAGUGGCUCAGAGAUGCACAAGAAUGACUUACUAAGGUCUGGAGCUUUGAAAGAGAUUAUGAACUUUGUAAAGUACUCUAACGAAGUACCAUUUUCCAAACCAAUUCUACACAAAAAUGUCUCAGGAAUUCCAAAGUUAGAAUCAAUCACUGAUUCUAGCUCCUCAUGUUCUAAUAAAACAAAAGGUCAAGGUUUUCAUAUUCCAAGAUGGCUGCCAGAGUUUCCCGAGGAAAGGUUGUACAAGAAUUGUCGUAAGGUUUCGGUUAAGGAGAGGAAAUUCGGUGAGAAACUCUGGGAACAUUCGCUUGGAGCAGAACAUUUCAGUGGUAAUUUGGAAGAAAAUAAAAGCGAAUCACAGAUCAAUGGGAUUAAUGGGAAAGAAGAGAAAGAUACCAGGAUUGUUUUGGCACAGGGAAGAGGAAAAGUGAAGUUUAGGAUGGGUGGAGUGGGUGGGGAGGAAGAGAAGCGUGUUGAUUUAGGUGUGAAUAUGAUGAAUCGUGUCUGCAAAGGAAGGAAACGAGUUUCUUGGAAUCUUGAUAAAUUAAAUAACUGUAUGGCUGUGGAAAAUGAAGAUGACAUGAGUGCAUGCAAGAGAACGAAGAUUGCAUAGCUUUUAUGGUGAUGCUGAAGGGUGUGGCUGGGCAAUGAGUGAAAAAUUUUUGAUAGUAAUUAGAAUGUAAUGUAGAUAGCAUUUACAUAUAAUAGAUUGAUAUAUGGAUUUUCCUCUGUCUUCUA